GGCUCCGAGUCAACUGGCGGAACAGCGGGCAGCGAGUCGUCUGGCAAGACUGCGGGCACCGAGUCGUCUGGCAAGACUGCGGGCACUGAGUCGUCUGGCAAGACUGCGGGCACCGAGUCAUCUGGCAAGACUGCGGGCACCGAGUCGUCUGGCAAGACCGCGAGCACCGAGUCAUCUGGCAAGACCGCGGGCACCGAGUCGUCUGGAAAGACCGCGGGCACUGAGUCGUCUGGCAAGACAGCGGGCCCCGAGUCACCAGGCACAACAGCGGGCUCCGAGUCAACUGGCAAGACAGCGGGCAUCUGGCAUAAUAGGAUCAUCAGGCUGGAUCAGUUCAUCAGGCUGGGUAGAGACAUCAUGCUGGACAUCAGGCUGGGUAGAGACAUCAGGCUGAGUUGUGGGCGCCGAGGCACCAGGCUGCACCAUGGAAGGCGGGUUCUCAGAUGGCAGGCUGACCGGUUUGGAUACUGGCAGGAUGGU